GAGUAGAUGACUAAAGUCGAGAAUACACCAUUGUUACAUAAUCACAGAUACAUACACAAUUUCCUUUGCCGCGGCAAUACUAUAACUUAGCAUGAGAGAAUGGCUUUAGCCAGCGCUAAAAUUAUAACGAGUACUAGUACUAGUUCGACGUAGCAGUUAUCCGCUAGUUGGAUGUCAGUGAAACCGGUGUGUCAGGCCGAAGGGCGGUUGUACCUGGCAGGGAAUGAUACGGACAACACACACAUGUAAACAAUAACGACAUAACAAAAGGCCUUCGAACUUUCACCUCAGUGACCUGCAUUAAUGACGUGUGUGACCUUGGCAGUGUGGCCCUAUCAUGUUACCUGUUGUUCCACUUUGGCACCUGGCGGUAUGCAGCCCCCCCCCUCUACGCUCUGCCAAGUUACAAUUUGUCCAUGAUAGCUCCUUGUCUGUCUUAAGACACAGCCUGAAGACAGUGUGACCAUGGAUCACCUGUUGAGAUUGUCAGAUCGCCGGCUGGGUUUCUCGGCUGCGCGGAACGACUGUGUGCCGCCCGCUAUAGAUGAGUUCCCGGCGGACUUCAUGACGCAGUACCAGCGGCUGCACCAGGCUGGCGUCACCAUACACCUGCUGGUGUCGUGUUACAUGUUCCUCGCGAUCACUCUGGUCUGUGAUAACUACUUCGUACCCGCCUGCGAGGCCAUCAGCUACAGGCUGGGGCUGCAGGAGCACGUGGCCGGUGCCACUUUCAUGGCGGGGGGUAGCAGCAUCCCGGAGUUGGCCACGGCGUUCAUCGCUGUGUUCUUCACACAGGGCGACAUCGGCGUCAGCACCAUAGUGGGCUCGGCCACCUACAACAUGCUGGGCAUCAUAGGCUUCAGUGGGAUAGCAACGGGCAUGGUGGUGUACCUGUCGGUGUGGCCGAUAUUCCGGGACUGCACGUUUUACGCGCUCAGCAUCGCCAUCCUCAUAGCGGUCAUCUCGGACGGAAAGGUCUACUGGUACGAGGCGUCCAUGAUCCUGCUGCUGUACAUUGUUUACAUCGUUGCCAUGGUGUUCGACACGCGACUACAGGCCGCCGGCUUCACACUCGCGCAGAGACUGAAUCUGGCCCACAGAUUCGGGACGCCGGAGUCGGACCGGGAAGAGAGGACGUCUCUGCUGUCGCGGGGGGACAAGGAGGACGAUCUGUCACAGUCUUCCGAUUCCGGAUACGCCACGCCCAAGAUAUACACGCCGGAAUGGCUAGACUCGGAGCCCGAGUCGUUCUUUGAGAUGCCUGAGUCUGACGUAAGACGGAUAUUCUGGGUCCUGGCCCUCCCGACCAGCGUCCUGCUGUACCUCACCAUCCCGGACUGCAGACAGAAGAGAUGGAGGAGCUGGUAUCCUGUCUCCUUUGUCCUAUCCGUGGCGUAUAUAGGCGGCAUGGCGUACCUACUGGUGUGGAUGGUCACAAUUAUAGGUUACACGUUCGGUAUCCCCGACACAGUGAUGGGUCUGACGUUUCUGGCGAUCGGAACCAGCCUGCCCGACACUGUGGUCAGCGUGCUGGUGGCCAGAAAAGGGCACGGUGACAUGGCGGUCUCCAACGUGGUCGGCAGCAACAUUUUCGACAUGUUCGCGCUGGGCCUGCCGUGGUUCAUCCAGACGGUGAUGGCUGCCCCGGGCAGCUGGAUCACCAUCAACAGCUCAGGGAUGCUCUUCACCGCGCUGUCGCUGCUGUUCGGCAUCGUGCUGGUGCUGGCCGCUGUCGUGCUGUCCGGCUGGCAGCUGAACCGGAGGAUGGGCGCGGCCUGUCUCGCCGUGUACGUGCUGUUCGCAGUCCUCGCGUGUCUGUACGAGACUGGCGUGUUCGGCGACUUCAACCCAGACAUCUGCCCCAUAGAGGCAUGAACAAACAAUCUCCGAAUGCUCUUUGCAAUUGAGAUAGAGAUCUAUAUAGUUUGUGUCCAUUCAGGGACAAGUAUAUACUCAUAUUGUUAUAUCCGAUGGAAAAUGCCCUAGCAGUGUCGCAUUUUAGAAGAUUGUCAACGAAAGUAUGAAUAAUUGGUACAUAAUUAAAAAAAUCUUAAUGUUUAAUAUCAACUGAAUUUUGGAUGUCAACAAUGACGAAUCAUGUUGCAAUAUCAGAAUGACUAGCUAUUUAUAAACACCUAGGACAGAAAAACAUAUGCGUUAAGAAAUGCAUAUGGACUUCGCCAAUUGUGUUUAUUAUUCAGGAAUAUUAUUAUCUAGUGCAAAUGUUACUUUCCAUACAUUAUCUAUAUCUCCAUAAGACAAACAGAUUUCAGGAAACGGUGAUGCUGGUAGUUUACAACUUAUGCAAAGUGCAAUACUGUGAGCAAGACAUUUUAUAAUACAUGUGCAAGUUGUUUACUUAAUACACUUACGUGGAAGCAUCCUUAUGUUUUACAAGACUUUGAACAAGGCACUGCAAUCUUGUACUACUACUUUUCAUGUCGACUUAUGCAUCAUCACCAAUGUAUUUAUGUGGAUACAAAAUGUAUUAACUAUUAUCUCCCAGAAAUAUCGUUGUACAACACCCAUUGUGUUUAUGACAACCGACUUUUGUAAUGAAGACAUGACAAUUUCAGUUAAUGUUUUGGAGGAUUAUAGAUGAUCUUAUCUUCAUGCUCAACAAAAAGUUACCUGUGAGUGAACAUAGACUACAUCAUAGUACUGCUAUUGUGCCACUACUGCACUACUAUUCUACUGAAAAUGAUUCAGUUCUUGAAAAAUAGCGGCAAUUUUUGAUAGACUGGAUCAGUUUAUUUCAAAUCUAGUCCAGCUUUUCUACCUGAAACAAGUUAUCCUGUUACAGGGGUCAGUGAGCCAUUGCCUCCUAAAUAUGUACACUAAAGCCACUAACCAAUCUGGAAGGCUCAUUUAUAAAGCUUCGCUUUUGUUAUUUUUACCUUCCCAGGGUUGGAAGCUCCAUCUCAACAUCACAAUUGUGUAUAAAUAGAGAGUGUAGGUCACCAUUUCCACACAAAUACUUUUCAACAUCAGACUACACGUUGUACUACAUUUGUAGUGUUACAACAUACCAGUAUGCUGAAAGGUACAAAGCUAGCAGUGAAAUCAACAUUCAGCCUGCUAAGGUAGCCUUUUGGCACCAAAAUGUUAGGCAGCAGGGUGAGGGUUAAAACAAACCUAACACUGAGUUAGCUAAUUCUCCUCCAACACUACAGGUGUUAGUUUAUAUACCUGUGCAAAAAUAGACUAUUUUUAGCACAUGAGGUGAGAUAGAAGAAUACAGCUCUAAUGUCUGGCCUUUUGUCACACUUAGAUCCUGUAGGUCAGUUCCAUUGGUCCACUGUUACAUCUCAUCAGAGCAGUUAGUAAAAAAUGUCUCUCUAUUGUUCAGCAGGGCUCCAAAAAUCUGCACUUUCUGUCUACAUCUAUUCAACAUUUACUUCACCUGGUCUCUAUUCUAGAAAACAACGAAAUUUCCUUUUUGGGGCCUA